ACUACAGGACCUUUUUCUCUAGCACCGAAAUCAGGGCUACCCAUAUCCAUUGCCCAUUACAAUCCAAGCAACGGACAUUGUGAAUUCAAUCCAUCGACAGCCUUUGCCAUCAGAAAUGGACAGUGUCCUGCUUGGCCAAGUCUUCAUUAUAGGAACAACGUAGUUGCUAGUGAACCAGUGAGAAUCUUUUGCGUCACUUGCCAAAGGCCACGAAGACGGCAAAAUCGACCAAGAACCAGCUUAAGCCCUCGGUGGGUAUCCUGA